GCCGCACGCUGUAGUCACGUGACACAGUGUAACGAUAACGCGCUCAAAAUGGCUGGACGUUAACUUCUGUGUUUAACUAAACUCGGCUUUAACACAGGUGGUGUGUAUAGAACCGGCUGUUACUCGUGCUGCUGUGUUUCCUGUUUAAGACCUGAACCCAGACCAGAGAUCCUUCAGCGCCAUCAUGCCUUGUUUUUACUGUCCACAAUGCGGCUCGAAACUGCAGCCUGGCUUUAAGUUUUGUCCUUCGUGUGGAGAAAAACUGCCCUGUGUGUUAGAGCCUCCUGAACACACACACACUGAUGGGGCAGCACAACCGGAUCCGGUGAUCAAGCUCAGCGCACUGGUGCAGACUCACAGCAUCACUGGGACAGAUGCUUCAGGAGAUCCCUCCUCCUCCUCCACCACUUCCUCUUUAUCCUCCUCUUCCCAGUCAGCACUGAAACGCUCUCCCAUCAGAACCACGCGCAGAUCCGCCGUGAGGAAAUCCUGCAGUCUGUCCACGUCACCCAGACCUUCAGCAGCCAAGGAUCAGAACGCUGUCACGUCUCCAUGGAAACGGAAAGCGUCUCCGGAAAAGAAAAAAGAGGAAGAGCAAACGAAUGUGUCUUGUCAGACUCCUCAGACUCCGCCCUCAGGCGAGCGGUUACAAAUAAAAUCUGGUAAAGUUAAGCGCGUGAAGCGAGUGAGUGCUGUGGAGCCUGUGCAGGAAGGACUGGAGUUAUGUGACCAGUCAGGAAAGAAAUGGAGACUCGGGAAGCUGUUGAGUCAGACGGACCUGGAGCUGACGUAUGAGGUGCAACAGGCUGGUGUACGGAGCACAUCUAAUGACUUAAAACACAUACUGAGGCUGGGUGCAAAAGAUGGACAGCUGUUUAAUGAACAGAAUUUUCUCCAAAGAGCUGCCAAACCUGCUGCAGUGGAGAAGUGGAUGAAGAUCCAUAGUUUGAACUUUCUCGGAAUCCCAUCAAGUGUUGGUUUUGGUCUACAUGAAACUUACAGGUUUUUGAUAUUUCCUGAUAUGGGCUGCACGCUGCAGUCAGUUCUGGACAAACAGACGAGUCUCAAUGAGAGAGAAGUCCUGAAGCUGGCACUGCGAUUACUGGAUGCUCUGGAGUUCAUCCAUGAAAAUGAGUAUGUUCACGCAGACAUCGAUGCAGGAAACGUCUACAUCAGGACACAGGGCGAUUCACAGGUCUUUCUGUCAGGGUUUGGUCACGCAUUCAGGUUCUGUCCUGGAGGGAAACAUGUGGAAUAUCGGGAAGGCAGCCGGAUGCUACACCAAGGAAACCUCAACUUCAUCAGCGUAGAUUCACACAAAGGGGCUGGUCCAUCUCGGCGCAGUGAUCUGCAGUCUCUGGGUUUUUGUCUACUCUUCUGGUUGACCGGCACGCUGCCGUGGAGUCCCAUCACUCAGUCAGGCUCAGCUGUUUCUGCUCAGAAGGAAAGGUACAUGACUGAUAUUCCUGGAUUAAUGAGACACUGUUUUAAAAAUAAGAAAGUUUCAGGUGCGUUACUGAGCUACAUGUCUCAGGUGAUGAGCCUGCAUUACACAGAGAAGCCGAAUUACUCUGAGCUGAAACUGGGGCUUACCGAGGCAUUAAAGCAGCUUGCUGGAUCUCUGAAGGAGCCGCUCGCGUUCAGCUAAAAUGGUUUCAACACAAUGAUCAUUUAUGAUCAUCUGUAAUAAUGAAUACAGCUGAUUUUUAAUUUUCCCAGGUAAAGAAAACCGAGUGAAACAGCCUUGAAUUUUAUAAUAAAUAUUUGCUUUUAGGGGAAAGAGGAUUUUUUUCACUAUGUUUUAACGGUGUGUUGUGUUUUAAACCACAGGGCUUUCACUGAUUUUUGUUAGAACCAUUGACAUUUCACUUGGUGCUAAAACAAAAAUCUCUGGUGUUAAUAGUUUUUAAUAGUUGUUAUUAAUCAUUGGUAAGUGUGUGCAUUUGACAAUAAACCAUUUUGUUUAAC